AUGGCUGGUACCGAAGUUCGGGAAAGAGUGGUAGAAUGGAUCAACAAUAUCCCAAUCCAGAACGAGGUGCAGGAAUCUCAUAGAGAUGAUUCUAGUAGUAUAAUCAGUACUAGGUCUACUCCGUCAGAUCCAGGAGAUGAUAUACAGGAACAAGAAUCUUUUACACCAAUAGUAAUGGGCCUACAGCGGGAAGCAGCUACUUCAGAUGGUGUUGUCGUUGCGCGAAAUGCCAGUCAUAAGAUUAAGGUUAAAGAGAUUCAAGAACAUCUUUUAAUACCUGAAUAUCCAGCAACAGCAGCAGAAGGUAUUCUUCAUUUUAUUCAUGACUGCAAUCCAUUUCCAUCCUCAAGGAAUCCAAAUGAUUUCUCUGAGGAAGAAAUAAAUAAUAUUUUUACACGGCUUAUGUCAAAGAUUCAGUUUGCAAAAACCAUACAGGGGCUGCAAAGCUCGUCAAAAUGGAUCUUCUAA